GUCACUGAACGCGAAAUGCGCGAAAAUUUCGAGUUUGAAUUGUUUGACGCCCCUGUCUUUGUUUUUUGAUUGAAAAUGUCAGAAGACAAUCGAAGAGUUUCCACUCAUGUCGUACGAAAAUUCAUAAACUCGGCUAUUUACGUGGAAAAGCCGCUUUCGGCGAAUGUGUCAAGUGAAAACACUUCGAUUGCGGGAAAAUCCUCGCUUGAGGAUUUUCCGGAAGUAAAGACCAAACGUUGCACUUGUUCUGUAGACCAGAAGACGUGUCCUUUUCAUGCCGAUUGUCCUCCUAUUUUGAAAGAAUCAAGAAAAGUGCUCAAACUGCCCGAAAGUAAGACCAAAGUGUCGCAAAAUUCCAAAGUCGAAAUCAAAAAAUUGAUCAAGAAAGAAGACGAGACGAGGAAGAAAGUUCAGAAGCAGAAAAUCGUCGAUGAAGCGAAAGUAAAAGAGAAGGAAAAGGAAAAAUUGCUCGAGCAAGAGAGAGAUAACUUUAGGAAAUGGUUGAUGAAUAAAAAAAAAUUGGAGGAGGAGGCGAAACGCAAGAAAGAGAAAGAAGAGGAAGAAAAGCAGUUAAAAGAGUUGGAGAAGGAGAAACGCCAGUUGGAAAAUCAGCUCAAUUUUCAGCUCUGGUUAAAAAAGAAGGAAGAAGAGAAUUUGGAAAAGAAAAUUAAGAAACAAAUGGAUUUGAUCAACGAGCUGGAACGCAAAGAAACACAGUUGAAGGACAAUGAAAAAGCGUUCAAUGAGUGGCUGAAAAAUUCCAAACAUCGGCAAAAACCAAUCCCUUUGAAUAAAGGACUUGAAUCCCUUUGUUCGUCAACCUCGGUCACUUAUAUCAACCCAAAUCCUUGGAAUCCCAUCACUUAGAAUAAAAUAAAACUUCUCACAGCGUA